CUACACGACACUAGGCAAGGAGCCACAGCAGCGCAGGCAGCGCCCGAAUCCCGCAACAAGUGGACAUGAGCACCUGGUGUGCGUGUGCCGGCGUGCCGGCGACCCGUGUGGUCAGGCCCGAGGCGCGCCCCGCCAUGCAGCAACUGGCCCGCAGCAGGGUCGCCUGCCGUGCGACCGCCAAGGAGGGCGAGUUGACGACUGGCGUAGUGUUUGAGCCAUUCACUGCCGUCCAGUCCGAGCUGGCGGUAGUGGAGCGCGCUGCCACUAGCGAGAGCUACGCCCGCGUCGACUUCCACCCAGAGUGCGAGGCCGCCAUCAACGAGCAGAUCAACAUCGAGUACAACGUGUCCUACGUCUACCACUCCCUUUACGCCUACUUCUCCCGUGACAACGUGGCGCUGCCGGGCGUGGCCGCCUUCUUCAAGAAGGCACGCCACCCAGCCUGCUCUGUUCUUGAGAGCGUGGAGGAGCGGGGCCACGCGGAGCUGCUCAUGGACUACCAGAACCUGCGGGGCGGCAAGGUCAAGCUGCAGUCCAUCAUGAUGCCCGAGAUGGAGUUCUCGAACCCGGAGAAGGGCGAGGCGCUGUAUGCGUUUGAGCUGGCCCUCAGCCUGGAGAAGCUCAACUUCCAGAAGCUGCGGGCGCUGCACGAGGUGGCGGAGAAGCACGGCGACAGCCAAAUGUGUGACUUUGUGGAGGGCGCCCUGCUGGCGGACCAGGCGGCCGCCGUCAAGGAGUUUGCUGAGUUUGUGAGCCAGCUGCGCCGCGUGGGCACCGGGCUAGGCGUCUUUGAGUUCGACCGCCAGAUUGCGGCAAAGGCGUGA